AGUUGAGUGAGUGCCAUAGAGCUGUUCAACCGGGAAUAGUAAAAAGUCGAGUCAACUCUGUGUUUUUUAUACUUUUUAACAAAUAUUAUUGACAUCAAUUCGCAAAUGCACAAUGUCCUCGAACAAGGUAACCACACCUUCUCCUGCGAAUGAAACUGAUAAGGUUUCCUCCUCCUUCUCUGCAAAGAAGGCAAAGUAUUCAUGGGAGAUGCUUCCACAAGAACCACCAAAAACUGAUGACCUCCCACCGCAGUACAAAGACCGGACCAUUGUUGUGAGAGAAGUAAGAAAGGAGUGGUGCUCAGUAGGCAAGAUCGUCAACAUGGAUAAGAGAGUAAAGCGUAUGGACAAAUCAGACAGUGGGGUUGAAAAAAUAAGGAACAAAUUCUACGCUCUUGUUCGUCCAGAAGAAAAAGAGGAGGAAUUUGACUCUCCCGAAUUCGACAAAUGUACUCCAGAAGGUUAUACCGAGAAGGUGGUGGAGCCAUUAAGUGACGACGAGAAGCAGGAGGCGACCAGGAAGAUCAAGGCUGCCAAAGGUGGAAUAAAAGUGGACGGAACAAAUUUUCAUCUCGUUUGGCGAGAAAUUGCUGGUUACGAGAGACUAGUUCUGGAUGAUAAGACGAAUGACCAGACUGGAGGGAGAGUUGUUUGCACGUUUGAGGACUGUUUCAAAUAUCUUGGGACGUCUGGUGUAGCCCCAUUUUGUAGCGCCCAUAGGAGUCACUGGGAAUAUGUGGUGUCAGAUUAUGAAGAUAAAGGAAGCAUCACUCCAAUAUUUUUUCACUCCAUAACCCCCUUUACAUACGAAAAUGAGGAAAAGAAGGCUGAACGAGCUAGUACGGCUUUGAAUAAAGCAAUUUCUACCGGUACCGAUUUGACUCCCUGGGACUGUUACGCUAAAGAAUUUACUGAUGCCAAGCUACCUCCUCCGACUUAUACUGAAAUUCCUGGUCGUAGACGAUACUUUACAACAGAACAAGAGGCCAACAAGGUUUAUGCAGCCAGACAGUAUGUCACACUUCUACGGAAACUAGUCCCAGCCACAUCAACAUUUCGAUAUUUGAACAAGAAUGUAGCAUUGCCAAAUGGAGCAGAGACAGCAGUAUUAGAAGAGAUGAAAAAUUGGGGAAUGCAGAUCGGUAUCUCCAAGUACUUGGACCGUGAGUCCAGAGCCUCCCUCCCAUACCCAUUCGGUAAAGAACGAGAAGGAAAACAAGUGGCUUCCUCAAUGGUGGUGGCCAAAGAGCAUGGGGUACUCUACGUCGUGUCCAACCCACAUAUCAAUUAUUUUGGGAAGACCCUGACUGGUGAUAAGCUUCAUGAAAUAAAAAACCAGAAUGACACUGUUGCCAAAUACAGUUUGAUGGAAGGUAACCUUCCCUGGGAAUUGAUUCCCUUGUCAUCUUGUCCUGUGGAUGAAUUGGAGGCCAAUGAAGCUCAUCUCCACCUCGCCAACUCUUUCGCCGACCUUCUUCGUAUACAUCAACAAUUUGUCUCAGACCCUCCUUACACUUCUCCAGAAGGAUCCACUCCUUUUGACGCCUAUCCUAUCUGUCUCAACAAAUUCACCAAUGCCAAAUACUUUGACGAUACUUCUUUUACCAAAAUCAAUCAGUUUAUGUUAAAGCGUUAUGGAGUUGAGAUCUACAUUGGUCCAACGUAUUAAUUUUAAUGUUUUACCUAACGGUCUCCAUUUGGAUCCUUGCUCAUUUUCCGACUGAGGAACCACUGCAUUCGCUUUAAAUUUAAUUUCAAACUUUAUAGGCUUCGGCUCUGAGGAGGUAGGUUCUGAGGUAGUAUUGAGCACAGUUCUCACUCUGUAAUUUAAAUUAAAAACAUUUUCUAGAUUAUAGUUUCCUGCACAAAUCGUCAAAUUUAGAGAUCAAUAUGAAUACAUUUUCUCGGGUUGAAUAUAAUUUCCAUAGUCAUCAGUGCGCAGCUCAAUCUUAUUUCCCCCCUUUCCCCCAUCAUGCCAUCCUCCACUGUUGUAUAAACUAGAAAAUAGAAUACAAUUUGUUUGAACACCAAUUAAAAAUCCAAGACUAUAACCACCUAUUAA